UAGCAUGAAACAUUUAGUUUGCGAAAGACUCCAACCAAAAUGGCCUACUUUGGAAAGGAAUUCUCCUUCGAAAGGGAAGAAAAUUUCGAUGCAUUCGCCGAUUUUAUUGGUGCCUUUGACGCCAACGCCAAGGGCUUCAUGCAGUACAAGCCGAACCAGAUCCUCGAGAAGAACGGGGACUCCUACAAGCUGAUCUUCAAGACCCCCGCCCUGAACCACGAGGUGGUGUUCAAGUCGGGAGUGCCUUACAGCGACGUCAUCCGUGAAGGUUUGACGGCCGAGUCUACCACCACCGUCGAUGGAGACACCUUCACUCAGGUCCAGGACUACGGCCCCCUUGGCUCCAUCACCUUCAAGAGAGAGUACAGCGCCGACCAACUUAAAGUGACUGUCACCAGCAGUAAAUGGGACGGCGUUGCCUACAGAUACUACAAGGCGUAAUCUUCCUACAGUUUUACUUAAGAUUUAGGUAGACUUUAAAUUAAUUUAAUAACUCUGAUUUGCUAUAAAUGUAAGCCAACGAAGAAAUAAUUUUAAAAUUGCAGUUAUAAACUAACUAUUGUAAAUAACGAGACACCAAUUCACAAGUUUUGAUCUGUUAUUGUAAUAAAAUACUUUUUCACCGAAUA